AUGGCAAGAACAGCUCUCGUCACCGGCGCAACAGGUCUGCUGGGCAGACAGGUAAUGAAGGCCUUUGAGCGUGGUGGAUGGGUCGUCAAGGGCACAGGUCUGACCCGCGCAAAGCCGCCCGCCAUUUUGAAGCUUGACUUGGAAUCCGAAACAGACGUAGCUAAAGUCCUCCGUGAAGUCAAACCAUCAGUCGUUGUCCACUGCGCCGCAAAUCGCUUCCCAGACAAGUGCGACAAAGACCCCGAAGGCACACGCGCUCUGAACGUUGCAGCCUCCGCUUCCCUAGCUAGGCUCUGCUCAUCCCAAGAUAUCCUUCUCAUCUACAUAUCAACCGACUACGUAUUCCCUGGUACCGAAGGCGAGGCUCCAUAUGAGGUGACCGACACGCCUCACCCGCCAAAUCUAUACGGCGAGACGAAGUAUGAGGGCGAAAGGGCCGUGUUGGGGACGUAUGGCCAUGCAGGGAGGAGCUCUGGUUGGGCCGUCGUAUUGAGAGUUCCGGUCCUCUAUGGCGAGGCGGAGACCCCCGAGGAGAGCGCCGUCAAUGUGCUAAUGAACAGCGUCUGGAAGGCACAGGAGAAGGAUGCCGAGGUUGCGAUGGAUCACUGGGCUAUUCGGUAUCCCACGAAUACUGAGGAUGUUGGUCGAGUCUGCCUGGAUAUCGCUGUGAAGUACCUAGAAACAGCAGAUAAAUACUCCCUCCCACGAAUCCUUCAAUUCUCCUCCGAAGACAGACUUACGAAAUAUGAAAUCUGCGAAAUCUUCGCUGAGAUUAUGGGACUGCCACUUGAUGGUAUGAAACCCAAUACACAAGGAAACGACCCGAAUGCGAGUGUCAAAAGGCCAUAUGAUUGCCACCUAUCGACCUUGGUGCUGAAAGAGCUCGAUAUCAAUGUUGCUACUAUGAAUUUUAAGGACUGGUGGAGGCGUGAGAUGAGGGCAUAUAGGAAGUAG